AAACAGACAUUUUAGGUACGAAAAGUACGAAACUAAAUCAAAGACCUCACGCAUGUAUGUAUACAUAUACAAACACUUGUCGUAGCCACCCAAUCCCAUUCAUCACACGUCUUGAAGAUCUUCAAAAACAAUAAAGCAAAUCUGAAGUUGCCCAAAAAAAAAAUUUCAAGAAAAGUGAAUUUACUGCAAGAACGAGGCUCCCUCUUCUCUUCUCUUCUCUCCCAGAAGCUCAAUUGUUGACUCAUCUGACCACCCGACAGUGAGGGUUGUCGUCUGAGGCCCGGAGCUGACAGUUUUUGUACUAUAAUAUAUCCUAUAUAAAAAGGAAUGGCGAUAAUGCAGUGUUAGUUCAAGGUUUUGAGGCCACCCCGGAACGCCCUUUCUGGGUUUUCCUCGACCUAGCUAUACUAGCUGCAAUGGCGGAGCAAAUCUGUUUCCUCUCAAAGGGAACUAUCAUCAUAAAAGCUCCCAAGAAAUCUCCACCACUGUUAAGGAUGGGACUGGUAGUGUUAGCAAUGGUCUGUGGUCUUUUUAUCUUCUGUGUAUGUGUAAACCAGUCCAACACUCACAAACAACAUAAAUUCUUGAACCUUGAAGUCAUGGAUCGGGGUUGUCGUGACCUCGACAUAGAUAGAUCCCGGAUUCCCUACUUGCAUUAUCCGAAGCCAACAACUUUUAGCAGGGCUGAAUGUGCCUGUAACCCUGUUCGGCUCUUUGCCAUUUUGACGAUGCAAAGGUCUGGGAGUGGGUGGUUCGAGACGUUAUUGAAUAGUCAUGUGAACGUAAGUUCGAAUGGCGAAAUAUUCUCUGUGAAAGACAGGAGGGAGAAUUUUUCUUCGAUUGUGGAGACACUAGACAGGGUUUACAAUCUGGACUGGUUUACUAGCGCAUCAAAGAAUCAGUGUUCAGCCUCGGUUGGCUUCAAAUGGAUGCUUAACCAGGGGGUGAUUGAACACCAAAGAGAAAUCGUUGACUACUUCAAUGAAAAGGGUGUUUCUGUGAUAUUUCUUUUCCGAAGAAACCUACUCCGCCGAAUGGUUUCCUUGCUUGCAAAUUCGUAUGAUCGACACGCCAAACUCUUGAAUGGAACACACAAGUCUCAUGUUCACUCAACUGAGGAGGCCGAAACCCUUGCAAAAUACAAGCCUGUAAUCAAUACCACAUCAUUAAUGACGGAAUUAAAGCAAAUGGACGUGAUGGCCAAAGAAGCACUGCAGUUCUUCAGCAGCACACGCCAUAUCGUUCUAUACUAUGAAGACCUUAUCAGAAACCAAAGUAAAAUGAUGGAUGUCCUGAAGUUCUUGAGACUGCCACACAUGCAUUUAACUAGUCGCCAAGUUAAGAUACACAGUGGACCGCUAUGGAAGCAUAUCAAGAACUGGGACGAUGUUAACAAGGCAUUGAAAGGAACGGUUUAUGAAGGCUUCCUCCAUACUGACUACUAAUCUCGUUAUCUCGCAGCUUCAUUGAUCAACAAAAAGUGUGAAUUCUUCUACCGCCUUUAUAUCUAAACUUAACAGGUACAGAUCUAGACAACACCUUUGAUUUAUGGGGUCUUAGAAUAUAGAAUUUGAGUAAAAGGAAGUAAUCUAAGCAGCAUCAAGUCAGGUUGUUCUGUUACUGUUUUUGUAAUUAAGCUAAUGUUCUUAGUUUUCUUAAUCUUUGAUUGAUUUGAGAUCCAGGUUUGUAUGCAGUGUUUUUCAACCCUAUUGCUGACCAUUAAUCAAAAGAA